CUCGCGCGUCCCCCGCGCCCGGGCGCAGCUGGCGCGGUCGGUCUAGAGCAGCGCUCGGCUCGGCGCCGCGGGCGCUCUGCUUCACCUUCAGAUGCGCGGGGCGUGCGCGUCCUCCUCCCGGGGCCCGCCGCCUCUCCUCCAAGGUGCUUGCUGCCGUCUCUUACAUCCCAGAAUAUGCACCUGCUCAUCACGAAUACCUCUCUCCCCUCUGGGCAGCAGGAGCCCCUCUGAAAAUGGAGAGAUAGGACACACCCUCCGGCCCUCGAGACACAAGGCUGUGCUGUGACCCCCCCCGCCCCCCCAUCGUCCUCAUGGAUCGCAGCAGAGAGGCUGAGAUGGAGCUGAGGAGAGCGCCCAGCCCUCCCAGGGCCGGCAGGGGCCACGAGGUAGAAGGGGAGAAGGCCGCGUGCCACAGCUGCUGCAUCUGUGGCAAGAGCUUCCCGUUCCAGAGCUCCCUGUCCCAGCACAUGCGGAAGCACACGGGAGAGAAGCCCUACAAGUGUCCCUACUGUGACCACAGGGCUUCCCAGAAGGGCAACCUCAAGAUCCACAUCCGCAGCCACCGCACGGGGACUCUGAUCCAGGGGCACGAGCCAGAGGCAGGCGAGGCUCAGCUAGGUGAGAUGCGUGUCUCUGAGGGCCUGGAUGGGUGUGCCAGCCCUACCAAGAGCACCUCAGCCUGCAACCGCAUGCUGAACGGGGCCGUGCCGAUGGACAACAGCAAGAUCCUGCUCAGGAGCAGCCGCAAGGAGGCGGAGGGGGCGGCCGGUGCCCAGGAAGACGCCGAGGCCGUGGUGCAGUGUUCCUUCUGUAAGAGCCGGUUUGAACGCAAGAAGGACCUGGAGCUGCAUGUGCACCAGGCCCACAAGCCAUUUAAGUGCAGGCUGUGCAGCUACGUCACCUUGCGGGAAGAGUCUCUGCUGAGCCACAUCGAGAGGGACCACAUCACCGCACAGGUGCCCAACGGCAGCGAGGCCUGUGUGGAGAACGGCAAACCCGAGCUGAGCCCCGGGGAGUUUCCGUGCGAGGUGUGCGGCCAGGCCUUCAGCCAGACCUGGUUCCUGAAGGCCCACAUGAAGAAGCAUCGGGGCUCCUUUGACCACGGCUGCCACAUCUGUGGCCGGAGAUUCAAAGAGCCUUGGUUCCUCAAGAACCACAUGAAGGCCCAUGGACCCAAGGCAGGAAACAAGAACAGGCCCAAGAGUGAGCUGGACCCCAUUGCCACCAUCAACAAUGUGGUGCAGGAGGAGGUCAUCGUCGCUGGCCUGUCCCUCUACGAGGUCUGCACAAAGUGCGGGAACCUGUUUACAAACCUGGACAGCUUGAAUGCCCAUAACGCCAUACACCGCAAGGUUGAAGCCAGCCGGACACGAGCCCCGGCUGAGGAGGGGGACACCGAGGGCCCCCUGGACACCAAGCAUUUCUUCUUACAGUGCCUGAACCUGACACCAUACGUGGCCGGUGAUGUGUCCCCCAGUGGACAGGCUGGACGGCGGGUGGCCGAGUUGGACCCCGUCAACAGCUAUCAGGCCUGGCAGCUAGCCACCAGGGGCAAGGUGGCUGAGCCGGCUGAGUACCUCAAGUACGGGACCUGGGAUGAAGCGCUGGCAGGGGAUGUAGCCUUUGACAAGGACAAGCGCGAGUAUAUCCUGGUGAGCCAGGAGAAGCGCAAGCGUGAACAGGAUGCCCCAUCUACCCAGGGUCCCCCCAGGAAGAGGGCCAGUGUACCUGGGGACCCCAUGCUUCCUGGCCACCUUGACCCCCGGCCAGCCUCACGCCCCAGCCGCAGGGCCGCGGCCACAACUGGCCAGGGCAAAUCCUCCGAGUGCUUCGAGUGCGGCAAGAUCUUCCGCACCUACCACCAGAUGGUGCUGCACUCGCGGGUGCACCGCCGCGCACGCCGCGACAGGGAUCCCGAAGGAGACAGAGCCGUGCGCGCCCGCUGCGGCUCACUCAGCGAGGGUGACUCAGCUUCCCAGCCAAGCAGCCCCGGCUCAGCCUGUGCCAUCACUGACUCCCCAGGCUCUGGCCUGGCCGAAGAGGUGGUGGAUGACAGUGGAGAAGAGGCUGUGCCUGAACCCGCGCCAGGUGAGCAGGUGUCCCCGGGUGGAUCAGAUUCAAGUAGCUCAUGUGACCUUGCACUCAGCUGGCCUUGUGUCCGGCGGCCUUGCUGGAGGGACGUGCGUCCUCAGGUGUGCCUGUGUUUGGAUGACCUUGUACCCUAUUUCUGGUCUGGCCCCGAGUCCUGUAUCCAGGUGGCCGUGCAUCCGGGCAUCCUGCACUUAGUGGGUCCUGGAGUUCACAUAGGUGUACCUGAUGCUGUCAGUUCCCUGUCUCUCCUGCUGCUGCUCACCUGCAAAUGCUGCAGCCUGAACACGUUUGUUUCUCGAGUCUAUGGUCUCUUCUGGGUGUCUGGAAUCUAA